AUGAGUAUUUUGGCGUCCAAUUUCGGAAUACCAACUCCACCCACGUCGGUAUUCGACGAUAAUUUGGACGCGAAAAGUCCAUUCUUUCCGCCUUUCUCGAAAAAGAAUGAUGAGCAUUUCUAUUCAGCUUCUCCCUCAUCCACAAAUGGAGCUGCUGAAAUAUAUUCACCUGAACCGGCAAGUCCAAUAAUCACAAACACCAACGCUAACAUCAUCAUCAAUUCCAAUUCCAAUUCUACAAUUAACAUGAAUAAUAGACAGAAUAAUGUGUCAUCAUCACGGAAAAGUAGAUCUCGUUAUUUGAUAUCUGAUGAUUCGGUGUUAUCAAAAAUUAUUCCCAUGAUUAUGAAGGAACAUAACAUGGAUUCAUUAUCUUCUUCACCGUAUGAUAAUGAUUCAUCAUCCUCUUAUUCCUCAUUCGAUAACAUUUCUUGCUCAAAGAACAACUCCGUGUUAUCAUUAUCUACGUCAUCAGCAUUGACAUCAAAAAGAAAACGAAAAGGAACCCCUUAUAGAUCACCUGAUCAAGAUGAAAAUCAAAACGAUCCUGGAAUGAUAUUUAGAUUUCCGGUUGUUUUUUCCGACAACCAAUCGUCUGCUUCGUCAUCUUCUUCAUCUUUACAAAAUACUCCAGCAAUUACUGUAACCGAAGAUCCAUUCAAUAAUACCAAUGAUAAUGAUGACAUUGAUAAUCAGUCAUCAAUCUUGGAUUAUUAUCCAACAAAGGCAAUCUCUACUACUCCUGCACAUUCCUCUAAUGGUGUCACUACUACUAAUAAUAAUUCUCGCGUUAAUACUAAUUUCCCACAAUAUAAAAAUACCUCAUCAUCGUCUACUGGACAUUUUAAUGCAAAUAAUGCAACAAAUACUUCAUUUUAUUAUAUUUCCGACAAACGACGAACCUCAAUGUCACUUUCAUCUUUGUCAUCUAUGCCCACUUCAGACCUAAGUGAUCUCGAUGCUGAUAACUAUGGGGAUGAUGAAGAUGAUUUCUUGCGAAAUCCUAAACAAAUUAAACUUGGAACUGGUUCUGGUCUUGGAAUUACAAUUACACCACAAACUCCAACCUCGUAUAACAACGGCAAAAAUAUCGCCAAAGCCAAUAAUAAUUAUUUAGCAAUGCAAAUCAUAGAACAAAAGUUUGCGCUAGUUGUAGAACUAAGAGUACUCCCUGUUGGAGACCUGAAGACAAAGUGUGUUUGCCCGAAUUUAGAUUGCAGAUAUAUUCCGUUGAAAUCGGAAUUUAACGCAAUGUUUAAAAAACAAAAGAAUGGUGGCGAUAUACCGGAUGCAAAACGAUGCUGUAAAUGUUCAAGUUAUAUUGCGAAUAAUGGAAAUUGGCGAUCAUCAUUCGAGGCGCGAGUCGCCUGA